CUUCCGGUUCUGGUAGUGCUGAGCAGAGACGUUGUUGUGGGCGCAGUAUUCAGAGAUACAGAGAAGACGGCGACAAUGGCCGAUAUAUCACUGUAUCUCACUAACGUUAAUGUAUCGAUAGGGCAGAACUUGGCUGUGGAGCAGGCUCAGAGUCCAAACGCGGGUAAGGACUUUGAGAGUGUGGAGCUGGGGGAGCAAUACAAAAGAGAGGAGCAGCAGCAGCAGCAGCAGCAGAGAGAGAGGGUUCCUCGCAGGAUCAUCCAUUUCUCCAGCGGGGAGACUAUGGAGGAGUAUAGCACCGACGAGGAGGCGGGAGAGGACAAGGAGCCAGACAGGAAAGACCUGCUGUCCUCCCCGGUCGAUGCGGUGAGGUCAAAGAUGACCUGGGGUCCAUACUUCUGGUUCCACAUGUGGAGAGCUGCCACAUCCACCAUUUCAGCAUGUGACUACCUGGGGGAGAGGAUGGCCUCCCUCUUUGGACUAACAUCAGCCAAAUAUCAGUAUGCCAUUGAUGAAUACUACAGAAUGAAGAAAGAGAGGGAGGAAGAGGGAAAUCACUUGUCAAAAGGAGCAGAACGAACCUUCGACCAGCUACAAUUUCAGGAAGGCAAAGACAAGCCAAUCACCAUGACAGACCAAUCACAGGUUUUCACCACUCACCCUGAUGUGACCUAUCAGAUCGAGAAUGAAAAUCAGGUACCUUCAAGCACCAUCAGAGUUCCUGCUAUCAUCACAGCAACCUAACCAUCCCUAUAAAAGAAUGUUGGAUCUUUAAUGUCUGUUUGUGUAUUAAAGAAGGAACACUGUCUUGUUUCACCAA